UCAACAGUUGGAAAGGUAUAGACAUUCCAAGAGCCCUAUAUACUCAUCAUGCUACAUCGCUUGCUUUGUACAAGUACGUCAACGCUUGACGCUGCUUCAACUUUUUACAACCCAAAAACAACUUGCAGAUGAACCGCUUAAGUGCAGGUACCGAAACCAGUCUGGCAACCGGUGCCGCAGUGGCCAGAGGUGGAACCGCACCAGUUGUACUGGGAGCAGCAGUUGCCAAAGGUGGAGCCAAGGCAAGUCUGCUUGCCGGUGCCAGCGCAGGUACCGUCGGUAGAGACCUUAGAGGUGGCGGUAGCGGCGGCAGAUGUCUUAACGGUGGAAGUAGCAGGCUUCACGGUGCUGGUGGCAGCCUUGGUGGAGGAAGAGACAACGCCGUUGCCACCGCAGUUACCGAACCCAGACUGGCAACCAGUUCCGCAGUGGUCGGUGGUGGAACCGCAGUAGUUGUACUGAGAGCAACAGUUACCGAAGGUGGAGCCAAGGCAAGUGGUUCCAGCAGCCGAACCGCAAGUUCCCUCGGUAGAAACCUUGUUUGUCCCGGUAGAAGAAGCAGCAGAUGAGGUCUUGGUGCCAGUAGCGGACUAAUAAUAAUGUUAGAUAAGUUUUCACAAAAAAACCAGUAAGCCAGAGCGAUCCACGAAAUAACAACAGCGGGUA